AUGUUCAGUGGCACCAACAGUAGCACCAACAAGUUCAGUGGCACCAACAGUAGCACCAACAUGUCCAGUGGCACCAACAGUAGCACCAACAUGUUCAGUGGCACCAACAGUAGCACCAACAUGUUCAGUGGCACCAACAGUAGCACCAACAUGUUCAGUGGCACCAACAGUAGCACCAACAUGUUCAGUGGCACCAACAGUAGCACCAACAAGUUCAGUGGCACCAACAGUAGCACCAACAUGUUCAGUGGCACCAACAGUAGCACCAACAUGUUCAGUGGCACCAACAGUAGCACCAACAUGUUCAGUGGCACCAACAGUAGCACCAACAUGUUCAGUGGCACCAACAGUAGCACCAACAUGUUCAGUGGCACCAACAGUAGCACCAACAUGUUCAGUGGCACCAACAGUAGCACCAACAUGUUCAGUAGCACUAACAGUAGCACCAACAUGUUCAGUAAUAGCACCAACAGUAGUACUAACAGGCUCAGUAACACCAAGAGGUUCCGUAGCACAAACAAGUUCAGUAGCACCAACAAUAGCACCAACAGUAGCACGAACAAGUUCAGUAACACCAACAAGUUCAUUAGCACCAACAGUAGCACCAACAGGUCACAGAUCAAGUCAUCAAGGUUAUCAGGUCACCAAGGUCAUCAAGUCACAAAGGUCAUGAGGUUACCAAGGUCAUCCUGUCUCCAAGGUCAGAUAGGAGAUAAGAUCGCCAAGGUCAUCAGGUCACACAGGUCAUCAGGUCACAUAGGUCAUCAGACGUCACAGCAUGCUAGUGAGGCAGUACUCAACAGUGUGCUGAAGUACGCUAGUGAGGCAGUACUCAACAGUGUGCUGAAGUACGCUAGUGAGGCAGUACUCAACAGUGUGCUGAAGUACGCUAGUGAGGCAGUACUCAACAGUGUGCUGAAGUACGCUAGUGAGGCAGUACUCAACAGUGUGCUGAAGUACGCUAGUGAGGCAGUACUCAACAGUGUGCUUAAGUACGCUAGUGAGGCAGUACUCAACAGUGUGCUGAAGUACGCUAGUGAGGCAGUACUCAACAGUGUGCUGAAGUACGCUAGUGAGGCAGUACUCAACAGUGUGCUGAAGUACGCUAGUGAGGCAGUACUCAACAGUGUGCUGAAGUACGCUAGUGAGGCAGUACUCAACAGUGUGCUGAAGUACGCUAGUGAGGCAGUACUCAACAGUGUGCUGAAGUACGCUAGUGAGGCAGUACUCAACAGUGUGCUGAAGUACGCUAGUGAGGCAGUACUCAACAGUGUGCUGAAGUACGCUAGUGAGGCAGUACUCAACAGUGUGCUAACGACGCCCCACAGCAUCUCAAAGAACGACGCCCCACCAAAGAACGACGCCCCACCAAAGAACGACGCCCCACCAAAGAACGACGCCCCACAGUAUCUCAAACAACGACGCCCCACAGCAUCUCAAAGAACGACGCCCCACCAAAGAACGACGCCCCAACCAAAGAACUACGCCCCACCAAAGAACGACGCCCCACCAAAGAACGACGCCCCACCAAAGAACGACGCCCCACCAAAGAACGACGCCCCACCAAAGAACGACGCCCCACCAAAGAACGACGCCCCACCAAAGAACGACGCCCCACCAAAGAACGACGCCCCACCAAAGAACGACGCCCCACAGCACCUCAAAGCACCACAGUAUCUUAAAGAACGACGCCCCACCAAAGAACGACGCCCCACAGUAUCUUAA